AUGGGAUAUUAUCGAGUAUUUUGGAGCUUAAACUGGCAACUGUUCUAUUGUGUUGUUUUCGACUGGGUUGUGGCUUCUGGACAGAUUCGCUAUUCGAUCCCUGAAGAGCUCCAACUCGGCGCCUUUGUUGGAAAUAUUGCAGACGAUCUGGGGCUACGUACAAAGGAGCUCACGGCUCGCAAUUUUCAGAUUGUGCCCGGAUCCCGGAAACAGUAUUUGGAGGUAAAUUUAGACAAUGGAAUUAUGUUUGUUAAACAAAGAAUCGACAGGGAACAGUUGUGUGGAACAAGCCUAACAUGCACAUUGUCUUUGGAGGCUGUAGUCGAAACUCCCCUGACCGUGUAUAGCAUUGAAGUGGAUAUUCAGGACGUCAACGACAAUGCUCCCACUUUCCCGAACAGCCAGAUACGCAUUAAAAUUUCAGAGCAUGCAGCGCCAGGAGCGCGCUUUCCCUUGGAGGGUGCACGGGACUCGGACGUUGGAACAAAUUCCUUGCAGACCUACCAGCUGACAGCCAACGAAUAUUUCGCAUUUGACAUUGAUUCGCGCGGUGGGGACGGCAAGUUUCCAGUGCUAGUGCUGGAUCGAUCUUUGGAUAGAGAAAAGCAAGCGACAUACAAGUUGGGACUGCUCGCCAAAGACGGGGGGAUCCCUGCUAAGACGGGCACUGCUGAGAUAAUAAUUGUAGUGCAGGACGAAAACGACAAUGCGCCCGGCUUUCCAAACUCCGUUUACAGAGUUAGUAUCCGAGAAAAUGUGCCCAAAGGAACACUGGUUAUCAAAUUAAACGCCACGGAUUUAGAUGAUGGCUCCAAUGGCGACAUAUUGUACUCGUUCAGUAGUCGUGCGUCUGUUAGAGUCCGUGAAUCGUUUUAUGUGGAUUCCAAAACGGGGGAAAUCCGAGUCAAGGGAAAUCUGGACUAUGAGGAAGAAAGUAUAUUUGAGAUUAACAUACAGGCACUGGACCAGGGUACUAAUCCAAGCGCAGGAUAUUGUCACGUCGUGGUUAAUAUUAUAGAUGUCAAUGACAACGCCCCUGAGGUGAAGUUAACCUCUUUGUUCAGCCCAGUCCGCGAGGACUCACCACCCGGGACCGUUGUUGCUUUGAUCGGUGUAUCGGACGCUGACUCUGGAGAUAAUGGGCAGGUAGAUUGUGAAAUCGCAGCGAGACUGCCUUUCACGUUGGAUUCGUCCCUGAGAAAUUAUUACAGGUUACUUACACAUCAGCGGCUGGACCGAGAAAAUACCUCUAGAUAUGACAUUCCUAUUGUGUGCAGUGAUUCGGGCUCUCCUCCCCUCUCCUCCAAGAAAACCAUCACAGUGGAAAUUUCGGAUAUAAAUGACAAUCCACCGCAUUUUACGCAGUCUACCUACACGGCUUACGUGAUGGAGAAUAACGUUAUUGGUGCACCAAUCAUCACAGUCAUGGCUGUUGAUGCAGAUUUGAGUCAGAACACCCAAUUAUUUUACUCUGUUCUGGAAAGCCAAGCACUGGGCGAGUCUGCGUCCACUUAUGUCAGGGUGAAUCCCCAAAACGGCGACAUAUUUGCUCAGAGAACUUUCGACUACGAGCAACUCAAAAACUUCCAGAUCCAAGUCGAGGUCAAGGAUUCUGGGGAGCCGCCACACACUGCCACCACAUUGGUGGAUGUAGUUAUCCUUGACCAGAAUGAUAACGCUCCGGUGAUCGUGCAUCCUGACACAGAGUACGGUUCAACAGCGUCGGAAACAAUAUCCCGCUCUGCAGACCCAGGCUACCUGGCCACCAAGAUUACGGCCACUGAUGCUGACUCAGGUCAGAAUGCACGACUCUCCUACCAGAUUCUCCAGUCGACUGGCCUGGGACUCUUUCACUAUCUCCCCCGAUACAGGAGAAAUCUGGACAAUCCGCAGCUUCGCAAGAAAAGAUGCAAACAAACAAAGGCUGAUUGUUGUUGGGAACGAUAAUGGGACCCCAACACUCUCUGCCACGAUGACCCUCGUCUUGUCGGUGGCAGAAGACAACACAGAAAUUCUUUCUCGUGUCAACAACAUAACUGAAGAUGAUGGCGAGAUAAACUUUUACUUAGU